AUGCGGUUGGCUUCUGGGCACAAGGGUCUUGGAUUGCACGGGAUGCGGUCUAUCACGGACAUACCUGAAUGCUGGGGCGUGCAUGGUGUCCAUCGGAGUGGUACAAGAGACCUGGCCGCUUCGGGACUCCGUAGGGAGGAGGACAAAGACCCAGCAUCUCCACACGCAAAGGGUUUGCAGCGGAUACUUGCACGAGACGACAUAUUUGAAAAAGGCGGAGUCCGAAUUUUGAGACCAUUGUUAGGCUUCAGCAAGGAAAGGCUUAUCCAGACAUGCCGAGCUCAGGAUUUGGCCUGGGAAGAGGACAAGACCAAUAAUGAUGCAUGGAGAACUCCUCGCAACAAUAUACGAGAGCUUCUGCAUAGCGCUAAGCUUCCGCAAGCUCUGCAGAAAACCUCGAUGUUGCACCUAGCGAAGCAAACAUCUGAUAACAUGCACAAAGUCAACACUACCAUCCAGAGGAUUUUGUCUUGCUGUGAAAUACUGCUUCUCGACGUACGCUCCGGCAGACUGAUUGUCCGCCUUCCAAUUAACCAAUUCCUACCGAGAGAUGACUUCGAACGAGGGAAAGGAUGGGCGGUAUAUGAGGGACAACAUCGGUUCACAGCUACAUUACUUCUAAAACGUCUCGUAGAAAUUGUCACACCGCAGGAGGAGGUAUCCUUGCAAAGCUUGAAACAAGCAGCGGUGUCAAUCUUUCCAGAGCUUGUUGGGGCCGACAGAAGGCUCCAGCCUACGAGUUUUACCGGAGGCGGUGCUCAAUUCCAGCGCCUCCACUCUCCAUUGCCAGCGCCACGGUCAGAUUUGGGUCCAGCGAUUUCUGGCAUAUCGGAGGAUCUGGACUCUGUUUUUGUGUGGAAAUUGACCCGCCAACCAUUCUCCGAGGCCCCGCUGAGUCUCACAAUACAGCCUUCAGCAAACACACAAUCCAAAAUUGCAGACAAUCCGCCUUCUUGGUCUUCUUGGCAGCUCUGGGAUGGCCGAUAUUGGAUAAGACUCCUCAAUCGUUCCUGUAGGCCCCUAGUGGUUCGCUCGUUUCAACUUGCCGACCUCAAAUAUCUUCGCUCUACCUUCACCCCUCAACGCUAUAAAGAAUUUCACCAAUUCCUCCUUCUCGCGGCACCUGACAAGGUGCGCUGGACUUUACUUGCAGUUGCGGAGCUUGCAGACGAUGCCUUGCCUUUAGGUCGAGUGCUCGCCCUGCCAACGCUUGGGCAAGCAGGCAUCUUCGAUAUUAGUGACGGAAAUGGAACGGAAAAGGUCGAGUGGCAGGUUCGCUACAAGUACGUCGGACUCGGGUACCAGCUGUCCGAUGAUAGUCCAGGUAAUAUCAGCAGGAACAGGAGUCUCAUUACCUCAUGGAAAGAUUGA